AGUCGGAGUGGUACACGGCCCACGGUGCAGACGCGGAACUGGCGCGCGCUCCGAGUGGUGCCCGCGCCGAGGAGCGACUGACGCGCUGCCGGGGGACGUCUGGCCGAACCUGGCCGGUCCCCCGAGACGCGGGAGACUUGGAUUGUCGGAUAAUAUCAGAAUUCCUCCUGGGAACAUUGAUUCCACGCUUGGUGCCUUGAAGUUUCUCUGAGAUGAACUGAUGAAUCAGAACCAUGGUGCAAAAGAAGAAGUCCUGUCCUCGGUUACUUGACUACCUAGUGAUCGUAGGGGCCAGGCACCCGAGCAGCGAUAGCGUGGCGCAGACUCCCGAGUUGCUACGGCGAUACCCGCUAGAGGACCACGCCGAGUUUCCCCUGCCCCCGGAUGUCGUGUUCUUCUGCCAGCCGGAGGGCUGCCUGAGCGUGCGACAGCGGCGCGUGAGCCUGCGCGAGGACACCUCUUUUGUCUUCACUCUCACCGACAAGGACACCGGAGUCACGCGUUACGGCAUCUGUGUUAACUUCUACCGCUCCUUCCAAAAGCGCGUGCCUAAGGAAAAGGGGGAGGCCGGGGCAGGGUCCCGUGGGAAGGAAGGACCCCAUGCCCCCUGCGUCUCAGAAGAGGUUGGCACCGAGAGCUCGGAGAGCGGCCCGUCCCCGCAGCCUCCCAGUGCUGACCCCACCCCGGCAGUGAACCAGUCUCCUCGGGGCAAACGCCGGGCCAAGGCGGAGGGCCGUUCCCGCAACAGCACUCUGACGUCCCUGUGUGUGCUCAGCCAUUACCCCUUCUUCUCCACCUUCCGAGAGUGUCUGUACACCCUCAAACGCCUGGUGGACUGCGGUAGUGAGCGGCUGUUGGCCAAGAAGCCGGGCAUCCCUCGAGGCGUACAGAGGGACACCAUGUGGCGCAUCUUUACUGGAUCGUUGUCAGUGGAGGAGAAGUCCAGUGCCCUUCUGCACGACCUUCGAGAGAUUGAGGCCUGGAUCUAUCGAUUGCUGCGCUCCCCAGUACCCGUCUCAGGGCAGAAGCGAGUGGACAUCGAGGUCCUGCCCCAGGAGCUCCAGCAAGCGCUGACCUUUGCUCUUCCAGACCCCUCUCGAUUCACCCUCGUGGAUUUCCCACUGCACCUUCCCUUGGAACUUCUGGGUGUGGACGCCUGUCUUCAGGUGCUCACCUGCAUCCUGUUAGAGCACAAGGUGGUGCUGCAGUCCCGAGACUACAACGCACUCUCCAUGUCUGUGAUGGCGUUUGUGGCAAUGAUCUACCCCUUGGAGUAUAUGUUUCCUGUUAUCCCGCUGCUGCCCACCUGCAUGGCGUCUGCAGAACAGCUGCUGUUGGCUCCAACCCCGUACAUCAUCGGGGUCCCUGCCAGCUUCUUCCUCUACAAACUGGACUUCAAAAUGCCUGAUGAUGUAUGGCUAGUGGAUCUGGACAGCAGUAGGGUGAUUGCCCCCUCCAAUGCAGAAGUGCUACCUAUCCUUCCAGAACCAGAAUCGUUAGAGUUGAAAAAACAUUUGAAACAGGCCCUCGCCAGCAUGAGUCUCAACACCCAGCCCAUCCUCAAUCUCGAGAAGUUCCACGAAGGCCAGGAGAUCCCCCUUCUCUUGGGAAGGCCUUCUAAUGACCUGCAGUCUACACCUUCCACCGAGUUCAACCCACUCAUCUAUGGCAACGAUGUGGAUUCUGUGGAUGUCGCAACCAGAGUGGCCAUGGUCCGUUUCUUCAACUCCCCCAACGUGCUGCAGGGCUUUCAGAUGCACACACGUACCCUGCGUCUCUUCCCCCGGCCCGUGGUAGCUUUCCAAGCCGGCUCCUUUCUAGCCUCACGUCCCCGGCAGACUCCUUUUGCUGAGAAACUGGCCAGGACUCAGGCUGUGGAGUACUUCGGAGAAUGGAUCCUCAACCCCACCAACUAUGCCUUUCAGCGGAUUCACAACAACACGUUCGAUCCAGCCCUGAUAGGCGACAAGCCGAAGUGGUACACCCACCAGCUGCAGCCCGUUCACUAUCGAGUGUACGACAGCAGUUCCCAUCUGGCCGAGGCGCUGAGCGUGCCUCCAGAGCACGACUCUGACUCUGACCCUACUGAGGACAGUGGCAGUGAUAGUAUGGAUUAUGAUGACUCAAGCUCUUCUUACUCUUCCCUUGGUGACUUUGUCAGUGAGAUGAUGAAAUGUGACAUCAAUGGUGAUACUCCUAAUGUGGAUCCUCUGACUCACGCGGCACUGGGAGAUGCCAGUGAGGUAGCUAUUGAUGAGCUGCAGAGCCAGAAGGAAGCAGAGGAACCCGGCCCGGACAGCGAGGACGCUCAGGAAAACCCCCCGCUGCGCUCCAGCUCCAGCACCACCGCCAGCAGUAGCCCCAGCACCGUUAUCCAUGGAGCCAGUUCUGAACCUGCCGACUCGACGGAGAUGGAUGAUAAGACAGCAGCAGGCGUCUCCACGUCCCUCCCCAGCGUGCCUCCCAGCAUUGGCAAAGCGAACGUGGACAGGCGUCAGACAGAAAUUGGCGAGGGGGCUCAAAAGCUGCCGCGGCCCAACAGCUUGAAACUGGCAAGCGACUCAGAUGCCGAGUCAGACUCUCGCGCGAGCUCGCCCGCCUCCACCGUCUCCAACAACAGCACUGAGGGCUUCGGGGGGAUCAUGUCUUUCGCCAGCAGCCUGUAUCGGAACCACAGUACCAGCUUCAGUCUUUCAAAUCUCACGCUGCCUUCCAAAGGGGCGCGAGAGAAAACCACGCCCUUCCCCAGUCUGAAAGUAUUUGGGCUAAAUACUCUAAUGGAGAUUGUUACUGAAGCCGGCCCCGGGAGUGGUGAAGGGAACAGGAGGGCCUUAGUGGACCAGAAGUCAUCGGUCAUUAAACACAGCCCAACAGUGAAAAGAGAGCCUCCGUCACCUCAGGGCCGAUCCAGCAAUUCUAGUGAGAGCCAGCAGUUCCUGAAGGAGGUGGUGCACAGCGUGCUGGACGGCCAGGGAGUCGGCUGGCUCAACAUGAAGAAGGUGCGGCGGCUGCUGGAGAGCGAGCGGCUGAGAGUCUUUGUCCUGAGCAAGCUGAGCCGCACGGCGCAGCCAGAGGACGGGGCCCGGCAGGACAUCAUCCCAGACGUGGAGGUCAGUCGGAAGGUGUACAAGGGCAUGUUAGACCUGCUCAAGUGCACGGUCCUCAGCCUGGAGCAGUCCUACGCCCACGCGGGGCUGGGUGGCAUGGCCAGCAUCUUUGCGCUCCUGGAGAUCGCCCAGACCCACUACUAUAGUAAAGAACCAGACAAGCGGAAGAGAAGUCCCACAGAGAGUGCAAAUACACCAGUUGGCAAGGAUCCUGGCCCGGCUGGGCGGGGGGACCCCAAGGCCAUGGCACAGCUGAGAGUCCCCCAGCUGGGCCCUCGGGCACCAAGUGCCUCAGGAAAGAGUCCCAAGGAACUGGACACCAGAAGUCUAAAGGAGGAGAACUUCGUAGCAUCUAUCGAAUUGUGGAACGAGCACCAGGAAGUGAAAAAGCAAAAAGCUUUGGAAAAACAGAGGCCUGAAGUAAUCAAACCCACCUUUGACCUUGGUGAGACAGAGGAGGAAAAGUCCCAAGUCAGCGCAGACAGUGGCGUGAGCCCGACAUCUUGUGCUCAGAGGACCGAUCCAGAUUCUGUCAUUGGUGUGAGUCCAGCCGUGAUGAUCCGAAGCUCAAGUCAGGACUCUGAAGUUAGCACCGUGGUAGGGGAACACCACGCUGGCAUCUUGGUGAGUAAUAGCUCUGGAGAGACCCUUGGAGCGGACAGUGACCUGAGCAGCAAUGCAGGUGAUGGGCCAGGCGGUGAGGGCAGCACCCACUUGGCAGGCUCUAGAGGCACUUUGUCUGAUAGUGAAAUUGAAACCAACUCUGCCACCAGUGCCAUCUUUGGUAAAGCCCACAGCUUGAAGCCAAGUGUAAAGGAGAAGCUGGUGGGCAGCCCAGUUCGCUUCUCUGAAGAUGUAAGCCAGCGAGUCUACCUCUACGAGGGACUCCUAGGAAGGGACAAAGGAUCGAUGUGGGACCAGUUAGAGGAUGCUGCUAUGGAGACCUUUUCUAUAAGCAAAGAGCGUUCUACUUUAUGGGACCAGAUGCAGUUCUGGGAAGAUGCGUUCUUAGAUGCUGUGAUGUUGGAGAGAGAAGGGAUGGGUAUGGACCAGGGUCCCCAGGAAAUGAUAGACAGGUACCUGUCCCUAGGAGAACAUGACCGGAAGCGCCUAGAGGAUGAUGAAGACCGUUUGCUGGCCACGCUUUUGCACAACCUCAUCUCCUACAUGCUGCUGCUGAAGGUAAAUAAGAAUGAUAUCCGGAAGAAGGUGAGGCGCCUGAUGGGAAAGUCGCAUAUUGGGCUUGUGUACAGCCAGCAAAUCAACGAAGUGCUUGACCAGCUGGCAAACCUGAACGGACGAGAUCUCUCUAUCCGGUCCAGUGGCAGCCGGCACAUGAAGAAGCAGACAUUUGUGGUACAUGCGGGGACAGACACAAAUGGAGAUAUCUUUUUCAUGGAGGUGGGUGACGAGUGCGUGGUGCUGCGUAGUAACGUCGGGACGGUGUACGAGCGCUGGUGGUACGAGAAGCUCAUCAACAUGACCUACUGUCCCAAGACCAAGGUGCUAUGCUUGUGGCGUAGAAACGGCUCUGAGACCCAGCUCAACAAAUUCUAUACCAAGAAGUGUCGGGAGCUGUACUACUGCGUGAAGGACAGCAUGGAGCGGGCCGCCGCCCGACAGCAGAGCACCAAACCCGGGCCGGAGCUGGGUGGCGAGUUCCCUGUGCAGGACAUGAAGACUGGCGAGGGCGGCUUGCUGCAGGUCACCCUAGAAGGGAUCAAUCUCAAGUUCAUGCACAACCAGGUUUUCAUAGAGCUGAAUCACAUUAAAAAGUGCAAUACAGUUCGAGGCGUCUUUGUCCUGGAGGAAUUUGUUCCUGAAAUUAAAGAAGUGGUGAGCCACAAGUACAAGACACCGAUGGCCCACGAGAUCUGCUACUCUGUGUUGUGUCUCUUCUCAUAUGUGGCUGCUGUUCGUAGCAGUGAGGAAGAUCUCAGAACCCCACCCCGGCCCGUCUCUAGCUGAUGGAGAGGGGUUAAGGCUGCCCCAGCCCAGGGGCCGUCCCUUGCCUCUCGCUGUUCCCAAGUGCACGAUGCUGCUGUGACUGCCAAGUGGGUGGCGCGUGUGUGUUCUCUGCAAGCCCCCUCGCUCAGGCUUAGAUGGGUCCCAGUUCUGUGUGUCUCAGUGUCUUAGCGUGUCUCACGGGGCCGAGCUAGUCUCUUCCAGCUUCUCCCUCUCCACCCCCAAAAGACCGUCCUCCCGUCCCCUCGGGGCUCAAAAGUACGUGUGUGUCUGUCUGUCGGGCCAACGGCUUCUAAGA